AUGGACGUAAAGUGUGCAUUUUUCAAUGGAGUGCUCACCGAUGAAGUUUAUGUGGAGCAACCUCCAGGAUUGGAAGCUGGUGGACCAGAUAAGAUAUAUGUUGGUGAUAUCAUCUUCGGAUCAAAAUCUGGACGAAUGUGCAAGAAGUUUGCUGAUAUUAUGACAAAGAAAUUCCAUAUGUCAAUGAUGGGAGAAAUGAAUUUCUUUAUGGGAUCACAAGUAAAGCAAACCAAGGAAUGCAUACUGAUCAAUCAGUCAAAGAAACUUGAUACUGAAAAGGUUGGAAAAUUAGUUUCCUCAACAAAGUACGGAGAGAUUAUUGGAUCACUACUGUAUCUAACUGCAAGUAGACCAGACAUAGCCUUUGCAGUUGGAGUUUGUGCAAGAUAUCAGUCAGAUCCUAAAGAAGCACACACGGACGCAGCAAAGUGCAUUCUCAGAUAUAUCAAACGCACACCCAAUCUAGGCCUUUGGUAUCCAGCCGACGACGACUUCAAGUUGACAGGGUACACUGAUUCAGAUUUUGCUGGAUGCGGCAUCGACAGGAAAUCAACUUUCGAAACUUGUCAAUUCCUUGGAAGUAAGCUUAUCUUGUGGUUUUCAAAAAAGCAGACAUCAGUUGCCACAUCCACAACUGAAGCUGAAUACAUAGCCGCCGGAAGUUGCUACUCACAAAUUCUUAGGUUAGUUCAACAAUUGAAGGACUAUGGGAUCGAAGAAAGUAAAGUUCCUAUAUUCUGUGACACCUCCAGCGCCAUUGCAAUCUCACAAAACCCUGUCCAUCACACCAAAAUCAAGCACGUCCCUAUACGACAUCACUUCAUCCGUGAUCAUGUUGAAAACAAAGAUGUGUCAGUUGAGAAGAUUCACACAAGCAUUCAACUAACAUAUCUGCUGACAAAUGCACUCCCUAAAGAAAGGUUUAACGACCUCUGUGGAAGAAUUGGAUUAAUCAAUCUAGAAGAAUGA